UGUAAAUCUAACGUAACAUUUUUGUUUUCGGUCAGAUUUUUGUGGCCCGUAGACUUUAUCACUUCAUUUUAUCCCCUCCUCCCAAUAGUUUCACUAACGACAGGGGAGGGGUUACAGUAUUUCUGUUCCUCGUAAAGCCGUGAAUGUUUUGUGUGUAGGAGCCGAGCGGAGAUUCCCUGGGACUUGGGGCACCUUGUUAACUCCGAGAUCCGGGCUGGUCAUGAUGCCGCUCGGCCUGCACUUCCUGGCUGCCCUGGGCACCGCUCUCACCUCGCUGCUGUCGCUGCUUCUCCUGCUCGCCGUCUCCCGCCAGCUCUGGACCCUCGGCUGGAAUGUGAGCAGAGACCGGGGCAACAAGCUGCCCCUUCCGAAGGGCUCAAUGGGCUGGCCGUUACUCGGAGAGACGUUGCACUGGAUGGUGGAGGGCUCCAAAUUCCACACUUCCAGGAGAGAGAAAUACGGGAAUGUCUUCAAGACGCACUUGCUGGGCCGCCCGGUGAUCCGAGUGAGCGGCGCCGAGAACAUCCGCAGGAUCCUGCUGGGGGAACACCGCCUGGUGAGCGCUCAGUGGCCGCACAGCACCAGGCUUCUGCUGGGACUUAACACGCUGGGCAACUCGAGCGGGGAACUGCAUCGCCAGCGGAGGAAGAUACUGGCCCGGGUAUUCAGCCACGCCGCCCUGGACAGCUACCUCCCCGGGAUCCAGCAGCUGGUCCGCUCCCGGGUCCGGGCUUGGUGCAGGGGCCCGUCUCCGGUCGCUGUCUACCCGGCCGCCAAGGCGCUGACUUUCUGUAUCGCAGUCCGGAUCCUGCUGGGUCUGCGGGCGGCCGACCAGCAACUCGACCGCCUGACCGCUACCUUUGAGCAGCUGGUGGAGAACAUCUUCUCGCUACCUGUGGACAUGCCGUUCAGCGGCUUGAGGAAGGGUAUCAAAGCACGGAACGCCCUGCACGAAUACCUGGAAACUGCGAUCAGAGAGAAGCUGCAGGCAAACCGUCUGGCUCCUCAGCCUGACGCUCUGACCUUGAUGCUGCACAGUGCCCGGGAAAAUGGGAAGGAGUUAAACCUCCAGGAGCUGAAGGAAGCUGCUGUCGAGCUGAUUUUCGCUGCUUUCUCCACGACGGCGAGUGCCUGCACGUCCCUGGUGCUACUACUUCUGCAACACUCCGAGGCGCUGGACAAGGUGAGGCAGGAGCUGGACCAGCACGGUCUGCUGGCUCAGUGUCAGUGUCCCCCGGACUGGCCGCUCUCCCUCCACACGCCCUCAACUCCCGACAACAGCGCUCAGCACCGAAUGGGAUCCCAAGCCAAUCGGCCGGGAGCUGAAGGCUGCCCUCCUCCUAUCACCCGAGAGAAUGUAACCCGGGACAGCAGCUCCAUGGGUGAUAACAUGAGCCAUGCCAGCGUAAUGCCAGAAGGAAUCUGCUCCCAGUCCCUGAUGGAACCUGGAGCCUGGCACUUUCCAGAAGCCGUGCCAAGCCAGGGCACCGUGCCAGAGAGAGAGGCUCCAGACUGUGAGUGCCAGCCCCUCCUGAGGUUGGAUACCCUCAGCCGCCUGCGUUACCUGGACUGUGUGGUCAAGGAGGUGCUAAGGCUAUUGCCCCCUGUCUCAGGGGGCUACAGGACAGCAUUACAGACCUUCGAACUGAAUGGAUGUCAGAUUCCCAAAGGGUGGAAUAUUAUCUACAGCAUUCGUGACACACAAGAAACGGCAGCCGUCUACCUGAACCCUGACACUUUCGAUCCCGAUCGUUUUGGACCGGAGCGGGAUGAGAGCAAAGCGGGAAGGUUUAAUUAUUUACCUUUCGGAGGGGGCGUUCGUAGCUGCGUCGGCAAAGAACUGGCGCAAGUGAUCCUCAAAACGCUGGCGGUCGAACUGAGCAGCGCAGCGAGUUGGCAGCUGGCUAGUGCCACCUACCCCAAGAUGCAAACUGUCCCGGUUGUGCACCCUGUCGAUGGGCUGAAGGUUCGCUUUCAUCGCGGGAUGGCAAGGGAAAGAAAGCGCCCAUCAGGGAAUGACAAAUAAAAGGACAAAACGAGGUGCGUUGCUGUUUAUGGUCGAAAUUUGGCAGGAGUUCGCUUCCAGUGACUUUACAACUACCUGGUCACAUCCCUGCCGGACUAUUUUUUCAGGAAAGGUGAAUGCUGUUGAGUGAGCAAAUGUCCACUGAUAUCAGUGGCGAGCAGCCUAUUUCUGAUAGCCCAUUCCAUUCAGUUAUUAUGGAACAUCUGUUCUUUGAAUAAUUCAAAUAAUAUUUGAAAACUGGGAUUCCCACAUAAACCGCUGUAAAGCAUUAUACUUUAUGCACUUCAACGUCGUGAAAGGUACCGAUGUACUGCAGCUAGGAGCGAAAGACCAGAGUGACAGUUUCCAAACACCAUUUGAGAUUGAGAACUUGAAACUUAAUUUCUGCUCACUUUCAAAUUCACUGUUUCCGCUGGGUUUUACUGAGGAAGCGGGUGGUUUUACAAAACGCGGACUUUACCGUUUGUUUUAACCCCCAGAAAUAAAUGUCCGUUAUUUCUCCAACCGGCAGAGAAGAUGUUCAUGGAUACUGUGAUGAAAGUUCAGUGAUGAGCCUGUUAAGCUGUUGUUGGACAGAGGGUGUCGCUCGUGUCGGGUUGUAACAGCUCCAUUUAUUAAUGGCACGGCAGUUGUGUGAAGCCGACAUGGGAGUAAGUGGGAAGGAUGUGAGCGGGCUAUCUGAUGGUUCUGAAUGAGGAGUAUUGUAGAGGGACAGGCUAAGUGAGGGUCCUGAGUGGGGAGUGAUGUGCAGGGACAAGCUGUGUGAGGGUCCUGAAUGCAGAGUGAUGUGCAGGGGCAGGCUGAGUGAGGUUCCUGAGUGGGGAGUGAUGUGCAGGGGCAGGCUGAGUGAGGUUCCUGAGUGCAGACUGAUGUGGAGGGGCAGGCAGAGUGAGGUUCCUGAGUGGGGAGUGAUGUGCAGGGGCAGGCUGAGUGAGGGUUCUGAGUGGGGAGUGAUGUGCAGGGGCAGGCUGAGUGAGGGUUCUGAGUGCGGAGUGAUGUGCAGGGGCAGGCUGAGUGAGGGUUCUGAGUGCGGAGUGAUGUGCAGGGGCAGGCUGAGUGAGGGUCCUGAGUGGGGAGUGAUGUGCAGGGGCACGCUGAGUGAGGUUCCUGAGUGGGGAGUGAUGUGUGGGGACAGGCUGAGUGAGGGGUCUGAGUGCGGAGUGAUUUGGAGGGAUAGGCUGAGAGAGGUUCCUGAGGGCGGACUGAUGUGGAGGGACAGGCUGAGUGAGGUUCCUGAGUGCGGAGUGAUGUGCAGGGGCAGGCUGAGUGAGGGACCUGAGUGCGGAGUGAUGUGCAAAGCAGGCUGAGUGAGGUUCCUGAGUGGGGAGUGAUGCGCAGGGGCUGUCUGAGUGAGGUUCCUGAGUGGGGAGUGAUGUGGAGGGACAGGCUGAGUGAGGUUCCUGAGUGCAGACUGAUGUGGAGGGGCAGGCCCAGUGAGGUUCCUGAGUGGGGAGUGAUGUGCAGGGACAGGCUGAGUGAGGCUCCUGAGUGCGGAGUGAUGUGCAGGGGCAGGCUGCGUGAGGGUCCUGAGUGCGGAGUGAUGUGCAGGGGCAGGCCAGGUGAGGUUCCUGAGUGGGGAGUGAUGUGGAGGGACAGGCUGAGUGAGGUUCAUGAGUGCAGAGUGAUGUGCAGGGGCAGGCUGAAUGAGGGUCCUGAGUGGGGAGUGAUGUGAAGGGACAGGCUGAGUGAGAUUCCUGAGUGCGGAGUGAUGUGCAUGGGCAGGCUGAGUGAGGUUCCUGAGUGGGAAGUGAUGUGCAGGGGCAGGCUGAGUGAGGUUCCUGAGUGGAGAGUGAUGUGCAGGGGCAGGCUGAAUGAGGGUCCUGAGUGGGGAGUGAUGUGGAGGGACAGGCUGAGUGAGGUUCCUGAGUGCAGACUGAUGUGGAAGGGCAGGCCGAGUGAGGUUCCUGAGUGGGGAGUGAUGUGCAGGGGCAGGCUGAGUGAGGUUCCUGAGUGGGGAGUCAUGUGCAGGGACAGGCUGAGUGAGGUUCCUGAGUGGGGAGUGAUGUGCAGGGGCAGACUGAGUGAGGUUCCUGAGUGGGGAGUCAUGUGAAGGGGCAGGCUGAGUCCGGUUCCUGAGUGGGGAGUGAUGUGCAGGGGCAGGCUGAGUGAGGUUCCUGAGUGGGGAGUGAUGUGAAGGGGCAGGCUGAGUGAGGUUCCAGAGUGGGGAGUGAUGUGAUGGGGCAGGCUGAGUGAGGUUCCUGAGUGGGGAGUGAUGUGCAGGGACAGGCUGAGUGAGGUUCCUGAGUGCGGAGUGAUGUGCAGGGGCAGGCCAGGUGAGGUUCCUGAGUGGGGAGUGAUGUGCAGGGACAGGCUGAGUGAGGGUCCUGAGUGCGGAGUGAUGUGCAGGGGCAGGCUGAGUGAGGUUCCUGAGUGGGGAGUGAUGUGCAGGGGCAGGAUGAGUGAGGUUCCUGAGUGGGUAAUGAUGUGCAGGGGCAGGCUGAAUGAGGUUCCUGAGUGGGGAGUGAUGUGCAGGGACAGGCUGAGUGAGGUUCCUGAGUGGGGAGUGAUGUGUAGGGGCAGGCUGAGUGAGGUUCCUGAGUGGGGAGUGAUGUGAUGGGGCAGGCUGAGUGAGGUUCCUGAGUGGGGAGUGAUGUGCAGGGACAGGCUGAGUGAGGUUCCUGAGUGGGGAGUGAUGUGUAGGGGCAGGCUGAGUGAGGUUCCUGAGUGGGGAGUGAUGUGAUGGGGCAGGCUGACUGAGGUUCCUGAGCGGGGAAUGAUGUGCAGGGGCAGGCCGAGUCGGGUCCCUGAGUGGGGAGUGAUGUGCAGGGGCAGGCUGAGUGAGGUUCCUGAGUGGGGAGUCAUGUGAAGGGGCAGGCUGAGUCCGGUUCCUGAGUGGGGAGUGAUGUGCAGGGGCAGGCUGAGUGAGGUUCCUGAGUGGGCAGUGAUGUGAAGGGGCAGGCUGAGUGAGGUUCCAGAGUGGGGAGUGAUGUGAUGGGGCAGGCUGAGUGAGGUUCCUGAGUGCGGAGUGAUGUGCAGGGGCGGGCUGCGUGAGGGUCCUGAGUGCGGAGUGAUGUGCAGGGGCAGGCUGAGUGAGGUUCCUGAGUGGGGAGUGAUGUGAAGGGACAGGCUGAGUGAGGUUCCUGAGUGCGGAGUGAUGUG